GUAUAUAUUUAGUAACUUAGUAACUUCCAUAAAGCAGGCAAAUAGAGAUUUUGAAGUGAAUUGAAUAUGGUAUUUAAUAUUGAUAUAGUUCGAUGUGAAAUGUGAAUGAAUGUACGUGUAUGUGACAAACAGAAAAGAAUUUAUUUCUUAUUUUUUUAUAUUUUUUUUUUCCUUAUUGAUAUGACGAUGAAUCAAUAUAAUACAAUACCUAUAUAAGAAUUUAGUAUAUUUAUUAGAAGAUGGAAUUCAUUAAUUUUAAAAUAUAUACGAUAGUGAUUAUAAGUUUCUAUUGUUUGGGCGUUGUCGGACAAUAUGAGUGGCAAGCUAGAGAUGCUUUUGAUGAAAUCCGUUUAAAAAUGGAUAAGAUUAAUGAAGAAAAUUGUCCUAUUCAACAUAUCGGAGACCUCUAUCUACCAAAAGAUACAGUCUCUCAUUUACCUGAUAUUAAAGAUAUUAAUAUCAAUCCUGUAUUUCCAAAUCGAACUGCUUUACUUCAUCUUCAUAAUAUGGCUCUUAGUAGAUCAUUUUUUUGGAGUUACAUUUUACAAUCUCGAUUCAUACGUCCUGCUAUCAAUGAUACUUAUGAUCCAGGCAUGAUGUAUUAUUUUUUAUCAACAGUUGCUGAUGUUUCUGCAAAUUCACAUAUAAAUGCUUCCGCUAUAUAUUUUUCACCAAAUAUGUCUUAUUCUUCAUCAUAUAGAGGCUUUUUUAAUAAAACUAUGCCUAGAUUUGCACCACGAACUUUUAGAGCUGAUGAUUUUAAUGAUCCUAUACAUUUAGAAAGAAUAUCCACAAGAAAUACAUUUAAUGUACAAGAUCUUGGGGCAUUUGCUAGUGGUAGUCUUGGUGAAGAUUAUACAACAGAUUAUUAUCGUAUAAAUGAAUGGUAUAAGAAAUGGUUACCAGAUAAUGUUGAUAAAAGACAUGACACUAAAAUCACUUAUCAAGUUGAAAUUAGAUAUGCUAACAAUACUAAUGAAACAUUUACCUUUCAUGGACCACCUGGUGCAGAUGAACAUCCUGGUCCUGUAAAAUGGACCAGACCUUAUUAUGAUUGUGGGAGAUCAAAUCGAUGGCUUGUGGCAGCAGUUGUGCCAAUAGCAGAUAUAUAUCCAAGACAUACAGGAUUUAGACAUAUUGAAUAUCCAACUUAUACUGCCAUAUCAGUUAUUGAAAUGGAUUUUGAAAGAAUAGAUAUUAAUCAAUGUCCAAAAGGAAAAGGAAAUAGUGGUCCCAAUAGAUUUGUAAAUACUGCGAGAUGUAAAACUGAAACUACUGAGUGUGAGCCAUUACAUGGCUGGGGUUUUAGAAGAGGUGGAUAUCAAUGUAGAUGUAAACCAGGCUUCAGAUUACCAAAUGUAGUACGGCGUCCAUACCUAGGUGAAAUUAUAGAAAGAGCAACUCAAGAGCAAUAUUACAAUGGAUUUGAUUGCUCUCGAAUAGGAUGGAUACAUAAAAUGCCUGUUGAAUGGGAAAAGGCAAAACCUCAUAUUAGAGAAAAGUAUUUAGAGCAAUUUUAUCACUAUAGAAAUUAUUCUAUUGGACCAGAAGCAAUAAAAUCUGAAAAAAUUAAUAUAGAUCAAAUUCUUAAAUUCAUUUUAAGCAUCAAUUCAAAAACUUGCAAUAGUUACAAGCAAGAAGAUUUAACAUUACGCGGAGAUAUAAGUUUCGGUGCUAAAGAAUUUUUUGAAAACGAAGCGAAAAUGGCAACUAGAUUGGCAAAUUUUAUUAGUGCAUUUCUACAAAUUUCUGAUCCUCUUGAGGUUUAUUCAGGUAAAAGAGUAGCUGAUAGACCACUUACCGAAGAUCAAAUGAUUGGAGAGACUUUAGCUUUAGUACUUGGAGAUACCAAAAUAUAUUCUGCUGAAUUGCUUUGGGAUCGAAAUAAAUUUACAAAUAGAACAUUUUUUGCUCCUUAUGCCUACAAAACUCAAUUAAAUACUAAAUUUAAGGUUGAAGAUUUAGCUAGACAUAAUGAUGCAGAUAAUAUUUAUACAAAAAAGAAUUAUUUUCAAUUGUUGAAACAAAGAUGGGCAACAAAUUUUGAUGAACUAGAAAAAUAUUAUAUGAAAAUAAAAAUAAGAUUCAAUGAAACCGGUGAAUAUCUUAAAAAAUAUGAGCAUUAUCCUAAUUUUUAUAGAGCAGCAAACCUGAAUCAUGGCCAUUGGACAAGUCCUUACUUUGAUUGCAACGGUAAAGUAAAGAAAUGGGUAAUUACCUAUGCAUCCCCGUUUUUUGGCUUGGACAGCUUGAAAGAGAAACUGGAAUUCAAAGGUAUUGUAGCUGUUACUAUGGAUCUACUUCAACUCGAUAUUAAUCAAUGCGACGAUGUGUUUUACGCUCCAAAUGCAUUUAAGGGUACACAUAAGUGUGAUCAAAAAACUUCAUAUUGUGUGCCUAUUCUCGGAAGAGGUUUCGAGACAGGCGGAUAUAAGUGUGAGUGUAAACAAGGUUUUGAAUAUCCAUUUGAAGACUUAAUUACAUAUUAUGAUGGUCAAUUAGUAGAAGCUGAAUUUAAUAAUUUAAUUAACGAUCAAAAAACUAGAUAUGAUAUGUUUAAAUGUCGAUUAGCUACUGCCUCAUCAAUUCAAGUCGAUUGGAUAUUAUUACUUAUAUCGACAAUAUUUUGUUAUUUUAUAGUAUGCAAAUGACUCAUAAUAAUAUUAUAAUAAUAUGAAUUUUACUCUA